UUAAGACGCUGGAUGGGGUAAUUCAGACAAUUCCUUCUUCUCUUUCAUGAACACUAAAUUCCUUAAACCUCCUAUUGAAUGUUGCGGCCGAUCGUUUUCAUCCGACCCCUGAUAAGAAAAGUGUUACAAUGAAAAGAGAUGCUUUAUAUGCAGUUCCACAGAAGGGAAGGGAAGGGAGGCGGAGCGGAUGUGUCCAGCAACGGCGGUGAAGCGAGCUAGGGAUUCUAACGACAACAAUUCACUUUUGUAAUUUUGGGUUUUGGGGAUCUUCUAUUCUGCUCGCAAGCAACCUGGAUUGAACAUCAACUCUGUUUGAUAACAAUUAGGGUUUGGAGUAUGCGAUUCAGAUGGAAGAUGCCUCCAUGUAAGUUCACACGAAAUUAGGAUUUGAAGCCUAUUUGGUUGGUGCUUGUGUGAGGGAUUUACUUCUAAACAGUCCGGCCAAAGAUUUUGAUGUUAUUACUACAGCUGAUCUUAGUCAGGUUUCCUAUAUGUAGAAUGCAUAUAAAGGGAUCAGUUAUCGAGGUACGUUGUAUUCACUAUUAAAUUUCUGUAUGUUGUAUACCAGGUCUCCAGCUUUAAGACGUUGGCGAAAGAUUCUGAAGAAAAAGAAAAAUUUAUCGUAUCUCAAAUGCCUAGAGGCUGUGACAAGUUUGACCUUAAUCUCGGGAAAAACUCUAUGCAUCGUGACUUCACUGUUAACAGCAAGAAUUCUUCAGGGAGUGAGAAUUGCCGCUCGUCUUGGAUUAUCAUUUUCAAAGGAUAUCGAAUCCGCAAUUCAUAAACACGCGUCAUCUAUUUUGAGUUUAAGCACGUUUAGGAUAAUGAUGGAGAUAGAUUAUAUGCUUUCAUACGGGGCUGCAGAAUCUUCGCUCCGUCUACUUCAUAGAUUUCACAUUCUCAAGAUUUUGCUACCAAUUCAGAACUGGAUGCCACGAGGGAGAAAAAUGACAUAUAUAUACACCACAUGAUCGUUACUUGAGUGAAGAAGCUGCCAAGAAGGUUUUCCUCUAUAUUAAUUUUUUUGAUUUUCAUAUUAAGGUUGUAUUAUUUGACUCUACACGUAAUAACUUAAUUGUUUUUUAUUAUGUCUGGAUGACUGGACAUCAGUUGGCUACUCUCAACUGUUACACCAAAUUAGAACUUGCUGUGUUUUUGGAUGUGUCUUUAGGUAGGAUCCAUCUGAAGCAAUGCAUAGCCACAUUGUGAUGGUCCUUGCAAACCUGAUAAGACAUAUAUCUCUAUCUACAUGCUAAAAGUAUUGUUUAUUUUUAUUUGGAAGUUAUAAUUAUUGGUUA